AUGCUUUACCUCGUAGUUUCUGCAACACUUUCUGAUAAUGUCAGUCAGUUUUCUGUACACGAUACCGAUUCUGAGGCCGCAGACUACGCUCUCGAGAUAGUGUGCACGAACUGUCGAGAGAAACACGAUUCUCUUGUUUAUGUGAACUGCCUGGAAAAGCAUGAAAUCAAUGGCGGGAAGGGCGAGACAUCGCUGGUGAUGAAAUGUAAGUUCUGUGGCAAUCAGUGCACCGUAAACUUGGAACGGACGGAAGAAAAACUGUUCAACUUGGACGUGGAGGAAAACGGCGAAGCUGUGGAAAAAGUUCAACGUCAAAGGAAGAAGAAAAGUAUCAAGAAAGUCGAGGCCUCGAAACUAGUGCAGCUUGCACUCGACUGUCGAGGUUGCGAAGUCACAGGAGUGGAUUUCUCAAAUUUGACCUUCGACGUUAAGCUAACGUCAGGGACUGAAAUGCAAGCAGUCUUCGAGGGAGAAAAUGAAUGGUACGACUAUGAUGAUAAAUCUGCCGAAGAAGUGUCAGUAGUAGACCUGUGUUUUGAGGUGACGAAUGGAAAGUAA